AUCGCACUGUCUCCCACGCAAACAUAUUCCGCUCUGGCCCGCAAGUAGAGUCAUCCCCUGCGGCAUUCUGAUACAACUGAGCCACUGCAGGCCGUCAGACCGCAAACUCCCUCUCGUAUAUGUACAUAAGAUGGAUAAGGAGCCGCGUCGAUCCCCACGGCUUGCUUGUUCACCACAAAGCAUUGGACAAGCCUUGUUGGUUACACUUGGCUCUGCUUCAGUGAACGUCUUCUUGAGCCUUCGACGACCAAUACGAGCCGCACCUACUUAUAUCAUCCCUUACGUUAUCUGCAAAUGUAGUGGAGUCUUGACUGUCCAACCAACAUCAUCCCAGUGCCUACUUGUUUGGGAUCUGAUGUGAAAGUCUCGAGAUAACAUACUUUGUGGAGAAUGGCCGGAUUUUCUAUAGAU